GUUGCUCAGAGACUUGAUCUUCCGUUUGGAAUUAAGGUUUCUCGUAUCAUAUCAUUAUUUACAGAGAUGUCUUACGUUCCACCACAUAAACGACAUGAAAACGUUGCAGUGAGAGCAUCCCCUGUUCCAACUUCUCUUCCAACAAAACCCAAUAAAAACCUCUGGAGUAGAGAUAGAACAAUAAUCUACGCGGACGAUUGGAUUUCAAGAUUGCUUCUCGUUGGUUCAAAUGGCGACGACAGCUUCCAACUUGUGCCCGUUUCUUCAGAAUGGAGGAGAGACACAGAAGAAAAGUCUCUGGUAAUCUUAACGAAGAGCAAUUACAUAAAACCGGAAAAUCCAUGGUUAUGGGUAGCAGCGAAGGUGGAGGAUGAUCUUAUAUUAGGGUUUGGUAGGGCAAAGAAGAUGCUGCUACGUUAUGGAUCCGAGGAUGUCAAAGUCAAGCUCAGACUGAUCGCUCGAUUUGGGAAAGUUUUAGAUUGUCCGUUGGUUGAAGAGAGGACACUAAAUAAAUGGAAGAAAUCUUUCCAAACAAAUGUCCCAAAGUCUUAUGUGGAAAACAUUGAGUAUGGAGUUGUACCUGAUAUGAGAUUUUGUGUUGAAAAGACCAAGGAGUUGUAUCUCGUCAAUGUAUUGGACAACACUCGUCCUGGUGUAACCAUCUACUGUAGAUGUAAGGCUGACCUUAAUGUUUUGAGGCACUUAGUUCUUGACGUCUCAUGCCUUGAUCAAGAACUUGACAUGAGGUUGAUGGUUGACUCAAAAAGGACAUUAACCAAUCUCUCGGAGACUGAGAUUAAGAAUCUUAAAGAGCUGACAGAUUCAGCGGUGAUAGAUCCAAAUGUGAAAGGUGGGUUAAAGUGGCCUCUUGGGAAAUCUUCUUGUGCGGAUCGAUACAACGUCUGUGGCGUUUGGCAUACCGUAACUACUACAUACAGAAACCAAACUCUCAUGCUUCAGAUCAUAGAGGCUGACAGAUAUGAUUUCAGAAGUGGAGUUGGAGGAACCACAAGGGAAGUUGAACUCAAAGUUAAAGCCUUGAGCACUAUGCUAGUAAAGGAGGAAAAUGUGGAGAAGAAGUGUGUUUCAGACAUGCUGAAAGAUUGUCUGAAAGCAGUUUGGGAUUACUUUUUGAAAGCAGUGUAAUGCAGUCACACUGUGUUUUUUGGUGUGUUUUCCAGUUUGUGCUAUAUACUUUACU